AUGGCCAGCAGCUAUCCAAGCACACGGGGCUUGGACGGCGAAGCGGUCCUCGAACGUCCAACCGACUCGACUCCUGUCGCGACAAGCUUGUCUAGGAAUAGCUUCGCGGACACUGCGAGACCGACAAUUACUGCCGCCGACUUCGCACCGAUACAGCGCCCCCAUCCUCGACCGUGGAAACGCAUCGCAGUCCCCGGUGCGGGCAACAAGCUAGGCCUGCGCACCGUGUGGAAGCGGGUUGGCGGUGUGCCGCGAUCGAGCGCAGACACGCGAUACUUUCGGGGCGUCUUCGAGCUGCGUGCCAACGGCAGGGGGCCGCGAAAGCACAGACGAACCGAGCGCUAUGUACCCGUCUGGGGCGACGCUCGAUGGCAGGCCAGAGAAACGGAGACGCCGCUCGAGGACGAUCUCGCCAAAGCUAGAGGUAAGGUGUACAAUCGUGGCCCUCGCGCACUGAGGUGGAGGAGACGAGGGCUGACAUGGUGGCAUAUUGGUGCAGACGACGUCAUGGCCGUCAUGACAGUCGCGGAAGUAAUCGACACAAACAUUCUGGGGCGCAGCCUCGCCUUUGUGCCUCGAAAGCGAAACAGCCACCGCCAGCCUCUGGCCGUUUCACUCCCAACGCCGAUCGAAACUAGGGCGACCGAAAGCCCCGUACGUGCUGCGUCCGUUGAUGACUCGCUGGAGGCCAUUGAGCAAAGCACGGAGCACAUCACGAAACGCGCCAAGAGACGCAUGAGCCGACGCAUCAGCAUCCUGGCGAAGCCGGAGGGAAGCAGCCUGCUGUCGCCAGAAAAGAAAGCCGCACAGCAGCACGUCUUUUCGUCUCCAGUCAAGAGACGGGCCUCCGUGGUCAACAUCCAUGAGCCACCAGCAACACCAGCAACACCCGCCAUUGAUGCGGCGCCUGCGACACCGGGCACGGCAAGAUGUGCCAAGUCAGUCGCCACCAUUGCACCACCGAUUGCUUUCGAGCCGACCUUUUCCAGCCCGAUCAAAACGCUGGCCCCAAUGUCCGAGAAUCUGUCGCCGGCCAAGGCUGCCUGCCCGAGCGGAAAGUUGAUGCCGUCUAUGUCGCCUGUGGUUGUCUUUGACCGGCCAGCCGCAGAGGAGACGGAGGCCGAGUCGCCCCAUGAGGUGCAGCGGCGGAUCUCCUUCCAUAACGCGCGGCGCCGAGAGACUUUGUUCUCGACCAUGGAGCGCCGAUCACCAGCCAAGGCCACAAGCGCAGCACGAACCAGCCGCCGCCAUAGUUUCAUGCCACAACAUGUGCCUCUGGUGUUUGCACAGGCAAGCGCCAAGAAGACCCUCAACCGGAGGCAUACUUUCCAGCCUGGUGGCCUUGGUAUUUUCCUUGCGUCCGCCGGUAUGUCUUUCGACGAGAACAUAUCCAAGGUGGACGACGUCCAAAGCGUGUCCGUUUCCGAACCGGACAAUUCCACCUCGACCAUUGAAAUCAGUGGCCUGGAUGAGUCCACCGUCAACGACCCGCCAUCGGCCCCAAAACAAGACGAGACCGUCGUUGUGGAUUUACGCACAAACCUCGACAUCUUCGGAUCUGGUCCGCCAGUUCAAACGCACCACUCGCCAUCGUCGGAGCACCAUGUGUCUUUCGACUUGAAGCCUCAUGUUGGGAAGCCUACUUCGUCGACCCCGACGAAGGCUACGAUAGACGGCAAGGCCAUUGCACAGAUUUCCUCUCCUGCUCCCAAGGCGAAUGGUCUUUUGGAUGUGCCCGCAGCAGAGUUAGAAAGUAUCAACGACCCUACGGACAACCCCAGCGACGAGUCGCUCGAUACUGUCAACGACGAGGAUACGGCGGAUGUGUCCAAUGAGAGUACACCCCGUAGCCUGAGCCCGGAGAUGGACAUCGAUAUCUCGGAGGAGGAUAGCCGCGAGGUCACCGACGAGAUGGGCAUUGUGUCUAGGCGACGUGCUACACAGCUAGACGAGUCGCUCCUGUUGCCACUUCCCGAGACAACCGAAACCGAAACGGAAACCGUAAUUGACAUGGAUGCCGAGACAAAAAUUACCAAGGCCGAAACAAAAGGCGAUGACUACGGCUGGCAAAGCCCAACAUCCGCCGAACUGGGCCACCUUCGGGAUGCCAUGCACACACCGCAACAGGACAAGACCGCAGAAAUUGCCAUCUCACCGGCAGCUCCUCUCAUGGACGUUGACAUGGAGCUCCUAGUGGACGAGAAUGAUGUUGCGGACCAUGAAGAGAUGGUUAAAGAGGACGAGCUCGUCGAUGAGGAGGAGGAAGUGGAAGACGUGGAGGACGUGGGGGAUCUGGGGGAUCUGGAAGACCAAGCCAUUGAAGACAUGGAAGAAGUCGACAAUGCCGAUGCCGCAGCCACGGGCAUCGACGAUGUGUUCACUGCACCAGCCUCGACAACUGAGGAUCUGUCAGACGGCUCCUCGCCAGCGCGCUCCGUGGAUGAGGAGAACGGAGAGUAUACGCUUACUCAGCCCUUCAACAUGUUCCCUGGUGGCGAUGAUGACGCAACAACAACGAUGACCAUGGAUUUCGAUAACCUUGCGCAAGAUGACCAGCUAUCAGCGCACGAAGACUCCGAGACCGAGAUGCUGAGAAAGUUUGUCACACGCGUCAAGGCCGACAAAAGCGCGAAAGCUGCCGCUGCUGCCGAGGAGGCGUCCGCUCGGACCCUUGCCAAGUUGCAGCGCAGACGCCGCUCCGGAUCGAUAAGCUCGACUGCUUCGUUGUCUGGGUCGCCUAUGAACAAGAAAGAGCCCGGCGUUUUCGGGUCGCCAUUCACGUCCCUGGAGGGCCGUAUCCCCUUUGGGAAGAAGGACCAUAACAUGAGCCCAAGCCCCCGGAAGAAGAGACGGCCGCUUGUCGGCCCGUCGGAUGGAAACGAAAACCGGUCCGAAGAUCUGCUUAGCAAGCCAUUGUUCGACGACAACUCUCCGCCACGGCCGAAGCGGCGCCGCAAGAAGAUGGAGGUCGAUACGGGCGGUAUCUUCAACCCCGAGUUCAUGUCCACCAAGAAGGAUGACACGUCCGCCGAGGGCGGCGACGAUACCGCUCCGGGUCCCCGCCGUUCGAAGCGUACGCGCAACCAGACAUCCCUCAAAUCGGCGGCACCGACGGCCAACGGCGCGGCCAUUGUCCUGUCGCAUAUCCCCGUGCGCCUACCUGGCUCGCUGAACCUGAAUGGCGACGACAGCUUCGGGCUCUCGACGAGCAGCCUCAGCCUGCGGCGCAAUGACGAAAAGGACCUGGCAGCGACGACCCGUGUCAACACGCGCAAGAACAAGGGAAACGCCGAUCCGCCGUGCAUCGUUGUCGCACGUCAAUCGCACGAGGCGCUGCGGGCGAUGCGCGAGCAGAAGUCUGUCUUUGAUUCGCCUCUUCUCCCGCCGAAGACGGCGAGCCGUGAGAAGGCUGACAAGACCGAUAAAGCGGAUAAAGCCGACAGACCCGACAAUGACGAAGGUCACGGCAAGUCGCGCAAGGCGAAGAAGACGUCGAAGUCGGCCAAGAGCGUGCGCUGGGCAGAGGUUCUGGCUAGAUUCCAGACCGAUGACGAGACGGCCGAGAAAGGCGCGACGAAGGCCGAUUCCGCAGCUGCUGGUCCUGACGUGGGGCCUACCAGCAACCCUGGUCCGGCCGAAUCUGUACGGUCCUCGCGUGCGACUGAGCAGCCGUUGUCUGCGGAAACUGCAGAAGUGCCUGAAAGUGCACCGUCCACCGCGACGUUGGUUUCUACUGCGCCGUUUCCGACCUCCGCCCCCAAUGCGUCUUCUGCUCCCUCCGCUGAUCCUGCCCCGCAAGGCGAUGCGGACAAGUCAUCCAUCCCGCGCCGGACAACUCGCGUGUCGCGCCUCCAGCCGCCGACGCAGCGGAAAAUGUUCCCUUCUAUUGCCGCCAAGGCCGCUGCGGCUCCACCGCCAGCAGCCGCACCUGCGGAGCCUGCGCCCAUGGGACUGAAAGCACUGCCGUCUGGUGGUCGGAUGGCGACACGACGGGCCAAGAUUGUCGGGAUGGGCAUGGCCGGCAAUGGCACGCCGGCGCCGAAGAGACGGACGACGAGGACGACGUAA